AUGAACAGUUAUCAUUUACAUUUUAUCAUAAAUUCGUGGAAAUCAGGCACUCUCUUUCUCUAUAUCUUACAUUAUCAUCAACCCUCAUUAGUACCCGAUUUACAACGGUGCGAACACAUAGAAGAUUUAAUUUUGGAAUGUAUAAUUGAUCCGCAGCCAUAUCAUCAUUAUCUUUCUUCAAUUCUCUUCCUUCAUUCUAAAGAAGAGAAUGAGGAUGAUGAUGAUGAUGAAUAUGUUGUCUUCCAAUAUUUAUUAGAGCUUAUUUCUUAUUUAAAAACACCCACGACUGAACAAAUCCUACAACGACAAAGGGAUAUCGAUCAUUUCAAGAAUAUCCCAUUAAACUCCUCUGCAAGUACUAUCUCUUCUUCUUCUUCUGCUCCUCAUGAUACACCCUCUCUUUAUCAUAGUUCACUUGAAGAAGAAGAAACGUAUAGUACAACAACUACAGUUACAUCCACUUAUCUCUCUCAUAAAAAGAUAACAACAACAGCAUCCUCUUCUAUAAAAUAUUAUUGUUAUGGUGCAUCACGUGAAACUAUCCUUACCGAAAAAUUGAACCGAUUGCACCAUCAUCUUGUUCUCAUGACACCUACAGAAGUGGUAAAUGAGGAAGAUUACAAAGAAUUUGAACAACAAUUAGCUAUGAUUCAAGAGGACUUUGAUGCCCUUCAAGAUGAACUAGAUGAUUUUGAAAAGUCAGAGGACACGAGUUGGCGGCCACCGCAAUACGAAGCAUUUCAAGUUGAUCUCUGUAAGCGCUUCCGAUUACUUGAAAAGUUUGCUCAAGAUGUUAAAUUUACAAAGCUGUGUCGACUUGUACAACAAGAGCUUGAUUGGGUGACGCAAAAGAUGAUACAGUCCGUUAGAACCUACGAUGAUAUUAUCGAGUUAGAUGAACAUAUGAUGCUAUCCCUGACCUUCAUGGACCGUCUCGUGUACGUAACAGGGACCCUUACUCAUUUGAUCAAAUUAGAGGUGCUGCAACAGGACCAUCAACGCGUUAUGGGUUGGGUGGAUGAAGUCAAGGUGUGGUUUAAAGAGGCUGAACGUAUCAGGGGAUGGAUCCAAGGGCAUGUCAAGAUCUUUAAGGAGCUUGAACCGAUUGAACCCUUUGUGGAGACCCUAGAGAUGACGCCAACUGCAUUAAAACAAUUAGUAGAGGAGCAUCAAAGAUUAGAAACAACGAUUGACUUGUUCCAUAAGGAAGACAUGGCUCGAUUACGUACCCACGUCAAGACAUUAACCCAUGGUGACUUUAGUCCAGCGGAUACCACCACGAUCGAAAUCACCUUAUCCACUCUGACAACGCUGGAUGAAUUGACACGAUUAGUAAGACUACGAAGGGAACGAUUAGAGUUGCUUGAAGAACGCAUUAAAUGGGAGACUGCCUUAGAGGAUGCAGUUGCAUGGUUAAAGAAAACUGAAGGCGACCUUGAGGAUCUCUUUAAAAUGGCACAAUGGCAGCAGCAGCAGCAGAUAGAGACCGUAGAUACGAAUGAUGCAAUCAUUAUUCAUACGUUAUUAACGUUGGAGCAUAGCAUGUCAGAAUUUGAUUUGACACUGUUUACAAAGACAGUAACUAGUUUCCAGGACCUGGACACUCUAUCGCGUGUGGACUUGCCUGAUGGUAUAGAAAGGAGACAAGUUGAGUGUGAGCAGCGAUUUGAAGAUCUCAUGAAACGGAUGGCUCUUGCUAGGGCCAUUGUUGAACAGCGUUUGAAAUUGACAGAGUUUGUGAAUCAAAUAAAGAAUGUCUUUGAGGAAGGCAAAGAGUUAUCUGACCAAUUAAUGACGAAUAAUAAAGAAGUAACAUUAAGUGAAGAGAAGGAGAUGACAAGUCGUGUGAAAGAGUUGCAGAAUGAUAUCCUUCAGCUGAUCUCGAAUCAGAUCCCUUGCCCGGAACCCAAUGAUAGGAUUGAUAACUACCUAUCUGAACAGCGUCAGAGAUUAACUGCCCUGAAUGAUGACUUAACAUCUCAAUUAGAUCUAUUCUGUCAUCUUACUCAACAAUAUCGACAGAUGAAUGACUAUCUAGAGGAAGGUAAUCAACUCUGUACAUGGGCCGAUCAACAAUCAUAUCAACUUGAUCAGUUAUCUUUGCAGAUCCCUCACGAAGAUAUACAUCGUCUUGAAUGCGACCAUGAACAACACAUUCAAAGGUUGCUACAUAAAAAGAAUAAAGUCAUUGAGCUCUUAACAGACAUGCGACGAUUGAACGAUACGAGACUGACUGAUAUGUCCCUCAAAUUGGAGAAUUCCUUUGAUUGUCUUGAGCUGGCAUUAAAAAGGACAUCUCAAGAGCUGAAUAAUCGUCGUAAAGAAUUAGAGGAUUCAAAGGAGAAGACGAAGCGAUUUAGGUUGUUGCGUCAAUUUGUGGUUGAGACAAGACAUCGAAUUCCAGACCUUAAACAACGAUGUGGCUUUAUAACUGGUCAAGUAGAAUCGCAGGAUAAAGAACGUUUAGAUAUUCUAAGAGCCGAGAGCGAAGGGAUGGUAUCAGAUUAUCAAAGACGCCAAGAAGAAUUUGAUCAAUUAGAAGAGACGGAUGACAUUCAAUGGAUGCAGUUAGGACAAGACCUGAAUAGUCUUAAUGUCUUUUGCGGUAUGGUUCAGCAAUGGUAUGAUCGACAAAGACGACUCAGCAUGAUUGACACGGAGCUAUCUGAUGUAGAGCAUCUAGUAGUCGACAUGGCCUCCGAUAAUGAACAGUCCCAAGAGAAAAUAGAUACGAUUGAGAUUUCAUUAGCCAGCAUUCAUCAUUUACUUGAAGAGACAGAUUUAAAGACGAAUAAUAAAGAGGAUCCUUUAGAGAUAGCCAACUAUUCGUGUGCGCGGGAUCGAUAUAAUUCUUUGGUUGAAAGAGUCUCAAAGAUGGACGAAUUGGUGAUGAAACUUAAGAAGGAUGUCGCUGAGACAACAGCGCAUGCAGAGAUUGAAAGACACGCAAAAAGUAUUCUUCAGUUAGCCAAUGAUUUAAAAAAUGAAAUAAAGGAUCGUAUGUUCACGUUAGAGAAUGGUAAAUUUGUAUCUGAAUCAGCUGAAACGAUUGAUCAUCUUUACAAAUGUACAGUCGCCUCUAAUUUGGAAUCCGAGCGAGCUUAUCAAGACUUGGUUAAAGAACUUGACCCAUCAUUGAAACAUCUUGAUUUAUUUGCUGAUAUUGAAACAGCUGUAAAGGAUGUACAGAUAUGGAUUGAUAAAGAAAAGCACCAAUCCUAUUUGGUUCGAAAGAUUUAUAUUCAUGCUAAAGCAGCCAAGGAUAUAAAGACAUGGGUCAAUCAUUGUUCAAAUGCCAUUUCCAACUUACCUACAGACGUUUGCAUGCAUGAUGAACAAGAAUUACGAGAUGAGCUAGAGGCCCUAGAUCGAAAGAUGAAUGAAAUGCGACCCACGAUACACGCCUUUGAAGCCAUGAAAUCACGUAUCCUUAUGAUGAACUAUCAUGAUAUCAGUUUAGGGCAGCAAAAUGAAACAAUCAAGGAAUCAGUAUAUAAACGUGAAACUGACAUCUUGGAAGCUUGGUCUAAACUUGAUGAACAGCUUAUGGAUGUUCGUAGAUUGAUCAAUCACUCUAAACGAGACGUGGAAAUUGCACGGAAAAUCAAGUCAAUUUUGACAAGUAUUGGAGAUCUUAAAGAUCGUCUUCAGACGAUCACAGUUUGCAAAGGGGAUACUAUAUUAGAUUGCCCGCUUGCAUCCAUACCUACAGAUCAUCAUUUAGCAACUAUCAAAUGUGAACUUAUGACGGUACAAGGUGAUGUAACUAACCGUCUUGAACCCUCUAUUGAAGAGCUAGAUCAGAUGCUUGUUAGUAAAAAUUCAGUUAUCUCUCAACGUGCAGAGAUAACGGCUGCUGUAAAAAGUUUACAUGAUCUACUAAAGACAAAGCAGAAUGAAGUUUCAGGAGCAGAAAAGAUGCAAGAGUUUUUAACGGUAACAGAGGAACUAGAAGUAUUAUUACUAGCAUUAGCAGAAGUCGUCUCACGUACAUCACCUCAACCUCAUAGUAGUCGAGCAGACUUACAAGCGAUGUUGAUUGAUCUGGAUACCCGAUAUCGUUACUAUGAACCAAAAAUUAAUGAUCUUAUGGAGGAGCUCAAGGAAGUCUCGAGACCCCUUCUCGACGAUACUCGUGUCACCCACUGUCUCUGUCAAUUUUAUAAACGAUGGGCAAAAUUACAAAUAGAUACAGAAUCUAAAAAGACAGAACUCAUGAAUCUGAUUGAUCCUCUUGGUCAAACUGCAUUUGACGUGUCUUUACUAGAAAGAGGUCGACGAGCGAUUGAUUUAGCAAAACGGGUGACCAUGCAACGAUCACCCACUCCAAACAUGAUGCAGUCGACGCCUCGUUAUAUGGCAGGUCGACAAACACCUUUAACAUUUGCAACCGCGGCACGCGCAACGAUAAAACGUACAGUAGGCGGUACGGUUUCUCCAACUGCAAGAAAAGUGGUAUCACGACAGGUAGCAGUACAACAACAACAACAACAACAACAACGCCGUCGAUCACCCACCAAGCCCCAUGAAGCCUAUAUUGCUGAUCCAAAGAACGAUUUAGAUGUAGCUGUGGGUGAUAUUUUGAAUGAUUCCCCUUAUAAAAUUCAAGUAAAAAUGGUCCCAGGAGAAGUGGGUAAAUAUUGGUUUGGAGAUGUGAAUCCAAAGUUGGCCUAUUGUCGUAUUUUAAGAAGUCGUAUGGUCAUGGUUCGUGUUGGUGGUGGAUGGGUAGAGCUAUCAGAAUUUCUACGCGACCAUGCACUCCUUGAAGGAAAUUUUGUAAAAGGAACAACAGCAACAACAAAAGUAACGCAGGAUAGUAGCUAUUUAGCUACUAUAGGUGUAACAAGUAAAAAUAGCUAUCGUAAUCAUGAACAAGACCCUAUUUUACGAGAAUCUAAAUCAACACCUCAUCAUCCUCCUGGUACUUAUGGAAUCAAGAAAGGAAAUAAAUUUUUAGUAACUGUCGAUAGGAAUGGAAAUCAAGUUGAAGUCAAGAUGACCAAAGCAAAAAGCAAAAAUAACAAAUUUAUUACACCUCGUCAUAUUAAUAUUUAA